AAUGGCGGAACUGAAAGAGAGAUAGAGAGAGACAGCGACAGAAACGGAGGCAAGGACACACACCAGGACAUCAGGAGAGACACGGGGACAGCUCAGUGGAGACAGAAGUUGACUGUUUUGGAGAAGUUCUCACGGAUUGUGUUUGUGUUCAGGAGAAUGUGUGGGUUUUGAAGCUGCUCGGUUGAAGAAUCUCUCAGACAUUUUUUGGAGAAGAAGAGGAGCUCAAGUCCAUCACAACCCCACCGUUAGGCUUCAGGUGGAGCUGCAGCACAUCUCUGUAGAUGGGUCCAGGCUGUGCCUCGGGUCGAGUUGAGAUGGUGGUGGAGAUCAAAACCGCGGUCAGCUUUAUGGUCAGACUGCUGAGGAACAGAGGUUCCCUCUCCGACACACAGCUACAGGUCUUCAGGGACUGUCUCCAACAAGCUCUCUCAGAUCGUUACAGGCACCACUGGUUCCCAGACCGGCCUCAGAAGGGUUCUGGGUACCGCUGCAUCCGGAUCAACCAUGAGAUGGACCCUCUGAUCAGCGGGGCGGCGAGUCAGGUGGGCCUGAGUGCUAAGCAGCUGUUCUCUCUUCUCCCCCGCGAGCUGACUCUGUGGAUUGACCCGUAUGAGGUGUCCUACAGGAUCGGCGAGGACGGCUCCAUCUGCGUCCUGUACGAAGCCGAGCCCCCGGCGUCCGUCCCCACUGCACCAUCCUCACUAUCUCCCUUCGACCCGCUGAACUGUAAGAAUGGCUUCAUGAUGAGCGGCAGGACGAGUCCUCCUAAACACUACCUCAUGACCGUGUCCAGCUGAGGGAACCAGGGGACCAGGACCGUUUUCUUCUCCUCAGACUUUGCGUUUCUUGACAUUUGUCCAUGUUUACUCUAUUAAACCCUUUAUUUUUUUAGUCUGAAGCACUGCCUGGUGUCCCCACGAUUGUGUAUCGCAGUUUUUAUCGUGUCACCAUGUUGUGUGAAGAGAAUAAAACCACCUGUAGCUGCAAAGGAGCUUUUACCACGUGUCGUUUAUCUCCACCUGACCUGCCACAACGUGCUGCCUCUGUAGGGUGCCUCCUCAGGCAGGAAGUGCACCGUACCCUGUGUGCUGGGAGAGAUUUAUGAGGACGUGUCUCUCACUCUGGGUGGUAAAUAUGUGAAAUGUCAAUCAGAGGUCUGGUGUGAGACGGGGCUGAUCUCCUGUUCGUGGCAUUAUUUUUAUAAACGUUAAUGAAGAUGAUGAUGGUGCACGUCCCUGCGGAUUUCUGCUGCCUUAAACACUGUGUGUGUUUCUGCCAAACUCCAGUCUUACUGUGCAAUAUGAAGUUUCAAAAAAUCCUCUCUCCUCACAAAUGUCAUGAAAUGAAUCUGUGGAAAAGUAAAUGCACCCCUCUGGCACUCAUCUCCUGUAGCAUCUCCUGUGUCUGGGCUGUUGAGCAGCUCAGGUGUUCCUGGAGGAACUGUAGUCUGUAAGCUGUUUGAAGCACCGUACGCGUUUUUUAAAUAUUGUGAAUAAUACAGAGAACUGUACAGUUUUGUGCGAUUUUUGUAAUACAAUAAAAAAUUCAUAAGUGA